AAACGUCAUUUCCGGCGAUGUAGGGAGAGUGAAACAUGCUGGCUGAAUGAGCUCACGUGUGUUUUUAUUUUUUAACAUUCAAGGUUAUAGUCUACCGAGCCAUUCUGUAUGUAACAUAUUUCAUACUUGAGUUUUUAUACUAUCUACAACAAUGCAGAGAUUGUUGCAUGUUUCGUUAAGGCAAUUUGCUACUGUAAGUUGCUCGCGUUGCAUGUCUGUUUCUCCUGUACACCUGCGGUGUGGAAUCAAAGAAGAUGAGUCGUUUAAAUUGCUUAUUUCCAACUUUACUGCGUUCAAAAGGAAAACGCGAGCCCCCACAGCAUCGCUUAGCGCACGGAUAUCGGUGUUCAGAUCGUACAACACUGAGCGAAAUGCGGAGGUAACAACACGGGAGCUUAGGAAGGAAAGCACAUCAGGCCGUUACGCUUCAGUGGAGCCAGAGACAGAAGAACAGUUUGUUUUCCUCGACUACACAAAACCAGACGAUUCCGUUGAAAACCUGGUUCUAAACCAAAACCUGAUUGAGCCUGAUAAUGUCACGAGGACCAAAGAGGAGAUUCAGACGAAGACGAGUGAUCCCCGGGUAUUGGAAUCACAACUGAAGUCUUUAAAAGACGCGAUGGCAGCAGAGGUUGACCCACAUUCGUGCAUUGAGUUUCACGACACCGGCUUCCCAGAAAUUAGGCCAAGGACGCGGAAUAAGAAACCCAAAAAGGGUCAAAAAGUCUAUGGCAGUCCGGACCCCGAUGUUCCUGUCAGUGAUUCGUGCUGCACCGGCUGUGGUGCCGUGAUGCACUGCACUGUUCCAGAUUUGCCCGGCUAUUUACCAAGUGAGAAAUACAGACAAUUAACAGAAGAGAACAGGCUGCAUAAUGCGAUAUGCCAGCGUUGCCACUUGCUCACACACCACCAAAAGGCGCUCAACGUCCAGAUGUCUAAAGAGGAGUACAGGCAUAUAGUCAGCAGAAUACGAAAGGAGAAAGCGUUGGUGUUAUUGAUCUUGGACCUCCUGGACAUCCCGGACUCCAUCAUCCCCGACUUGUUGGGUCUGAUUGGGGAAAAUAAGCACAUCGUGGUGCUGGGAAACAAAGUUGACUUGUUGCCCGGAGACUCUGAUAAUUAUUUAAAACGGAUCAAGGGCCAAAUUCUACAGUAUUGCACUGAUAUGGGUAUUCUUGUUGAUAACAACAUCAAAGGCAUUCACCUCAUAAGCGCCAAAACGGGUUAUGGGAUUGAAAAUCUCAUUUCGAGUCUCCAGAGCUCCUGGAAAUACAAAGGGGAUGUAUACCUGGUGGGAACUACGAACGCUGGGAAAUCGACGCUUUUUAACACUUUGCUAGAGUCGGACUACUGCAAAUCCAAAGCCUCAGAAGUCAUCCGCAAAGCUACUAUUUCUCCGUGGCCAGGUACAACGCUGAACCUAUUGAAGUUCCCCAUCAUAAAUCCUACUCCAUACCGCAUAUUCAAGAGGUCGGAGAGGCUGAAGAGUGAUUCGGCUCAGACAGAGGCAGACCUGAACCGGCAGGAGCUGCGGACACUGCAGCAGCUGAGCAGGCAGGGAUACUUAGUGGGUCGCGUUGGGAGAACGUUCCGGACCAACGCGCCGUUGCAGAGAGACCACGGCGAGGUGGAGUUUGACUCCGAGAGCCUCAGCAUUGGAGAGGAAGACGAGGAGGGAGGAAGAGGUCUCAGCGAGGCUCCUGUCCCGGUGGAGUUCACUCACAACGAGCUGAAGUAUGCCCACUGGCUGUAUGACACACCGGGCAUCAUGAAAGACCAGGACGUCCUCAGUCUGCUGACUGAAAAGGAGCUGAAGAUGGUGGUGCCCACUCACGCCAUCGUACCCCGGACUUUUGUGCUGAAACCUGGGACGGUGAUGUUUCUGGGGGCUCUGGCACGAAUCGACUACCUGGAGGGGGAGAAGUCCUGCUGGUUCUCAGUCAUCGCGUCCAAUCUGCUCCCAAUUCACAUUACCAGUCUGGAUAAAGCUGAUGUCAUCUACCAGAAGCAUGCUGGAAAUACUCUGCUUGGGGUACCCACCGGAGGAGAGGAGCGAAUGAGAGAGUUCCCACCGCUGGUUCCUCAGGAUUUGGAGCUUAAAGGCCAGGGGCUCCCACAGGCUACUGCUGACAUCAAGCUCUCCUCUGCGGGUUGGGUGGCAGUGACGGGUCACCAUGGAGACCGGCUCCUGCUCAGGGCGCACGUUCCCGAGGGGGUGGGAAUCCGUGUGCGGGACCCCCCGCUGCUCCCGUACGUUGUCAACCUGAAGGGGGAGCGUUUGGGGAAGAGUGCUGCCUACAAGACCAAAAAGCCUCAGGGUCUGCUGGACCGUAGCCUGUCUGAGAAAGGGGCGGAGAGACUUAAGGUGAAGAAGAAGAAGAAGUGACCGCCUGUUCCACACAAUAUUUGCUUUUUUAUUGUUUCUUUUUCCCCAAGAAAUAAAGAAAAAAUGUAUAUUGUUA